AAUCCCCGGAAAACGGGGGUGGGAGAGAGAGGCUGCUUUAUAAACCCAGCUGGACUUUCCCAGAACCACAGUGGUAAGAAGAGUUUUUCCGGGUGCCUUAAGUUUACAAACUCGUCUUCUCCCCACACCUGGGAACACAAAAAGAAAGAGCUGGACAUUAGCACAAUAUCACAGCAGUUCCUGUACUCUGGCCCUUGUUCCUUGCACAGACAGGAUGAUUGUGGAGCGCUUCAUUGAGGACUCAAAUGAUCUGCUGGACCAGGACCUGAUGAGCAGCCCCAUGAAUCUGGCGUAUUUCUACGCAGGAUCCCCUACUUCAGAUUCUUGUGGAUCGUCUCCUAUCCACUUCCAUUCCUCCUCUGCUCCAAGUUCACCCAGCUCAGACGCUGAGGUGCCAGGGAGCCUGAAUGCAUCCUGGCCUCACACUAAGAAAGCUGGACAUCGUGUAGUGGGUUGUCAGCAUAAUGGAACAUUCCAAGGUGUUCGUGUAAAGAAUUCUGUAAGGGAACUACUUAUGCAGCUAAGAAGUAAAACUGGUCAAGAACGAGCAGAUGAUAUUCAAAAACUGCAAAAUGGAAUGAGCUUUGAACAGUACACAGAAUUGAAAAACAUCUUAAGCAAAAAACGGACUCAUGACUUUCCUUUGGAAGGACCAGUUGCAAAAAAGCAUUGCUCUUUUCAACCUAGCUUAUUCUUGACACCUCCAAGUACACCAAAUUCAAAUGAAAAUAUGGAUGAUGCGCCUAAAAGUGAUAUAGAUAUUCUUCAGAGUCUGAUAAAUAUAAAAAAUGAAUCCAAACCAGUCUCUCUAAAUACUGUGCAAGUUAGCUGGAUGGAAAAUAUGUCACAAUUUGACAGUACGCAAGAAGCGCUAUAUCAAGUUGUUCCUGAGUCACAUGCUUUUCCCUCGUCACAGGCAUACCAAGCUUUCUCCCCACCACAAACAAGUGAGCCAUGCCUGUUUCCUCUGCAAAAUCCUGAUGUUCCUGUACACUGUAAUUCGGAAUAUAAUUUCCAAGAUGGCACUUCAGUCCAAAGUUAUCUAGGUUUUCCAAAUGAGGAAUUUUCAGACUGCCAAGUCCAAAGCUUGGUGUCUCUACUUGUGGAUCCAGCACAUUCACCUGAAAUGAUACCUUCAGUGAAGUCGAGUCCUCCAGUUCAAAAUUAUUGUACUACCCAUGUGCCCCCACAGAUGCUUGUUCCAGAGAGAAAUAAUUCAAAUCCUUUUCAGAUUGGCAAAACAUUCUUCCAUUGGCAGAUUGAACAAGAAGAAAAGAAAAUGGCCAAUGUUACCCAGGAGCAGCUUCUUUUUAAAGAUUCUGAUGGCGACACGUACCUUCACAUUUGCGUUGCACAAGGAAGAAGAGCGAUGUGUUAUGUUAUUGCACGCAAGAUGUCUGCCCUUAAUAUGUUGGAUAUAAAAGAGCAAAAUAAUCAGAGUGCUUUGCAAGUUGCAGUGGCUGCCAACCAGCAUCUCAUUGUGCAAGACUUAAUAAGCCUUAGAGCCCAGGUGAACACUAUAGAUUACUGGGGAAGAACACCUUUACACGUCUGUGCUGAAAAAGGCUACUUCCAGGUUUUACAGGCAAUUCAAAAAAGUACUUCUGAGAGCAACCAGCAUUUAGCUGUAGAGGAAAAAAAUUAUGAAGGUCUGACGGCUCUGCACUGUGCAGUGAUUGCCCACAAUGCAGUAGUGCAGCAGUUACAGAAACAUCUGCAGGAUCGUAGCCCUGAGACAGAGGAGCUGUUGCUUAAGAACAAGGCGAUGGUUGACACAGUUAAGAUGCUUCUUCAGAUGGGAGCUUCUGUUGAAGCCAAGGAUAGUAAAAGUGGACGCACUGCGCUACACAUGGCUGCAGAAGAAGCAAAUCUUGAAUUGCUUAGUCUUUUUCUGGAGCUUCCAAAAGCACUGUCUUUCAUAAAUGAAAAGGCUUACAAUGGAAAUACAGCUCUCCAUGUUGCAGCCAGUUUGCAGUACCGAAAAACCCAUCUUGGAGCUGUUCGGCUUUUAAUGAGAAAAGGUGCAGAUCCAAGUGCUAGAAACCUAGAGAAUGAGCAGCCUGUUCACUUGGUUCCAGAUGGACCAGUUGGGGGAGAGAUAAGGAGGGUUCUCAAAGGAAAAUCAGUCCAGCACCGAACAUCCUUUUUCUAAUCUCUACUGGAAUUUAUUUUGGCACUCACUGCUAGUUAAGCAGUCCUUUAUCUGUAAAGAGAUUUGCCCUGUGGCAAAUGUAUGUUGGUUUCUAUGAAACUGAAAAAGUUAAAGCUAUUAUAUAGUUACUUAUACACACCAUAGCACUUGAGGCUUUGGACUGUCCUUUGCCUCUGACAGUUUGUUUUAUUAGAUGGAAGCUUUCCUUUACCGUACACAUUAUCUCUGUACGACUAAAGAUUUUAUUUUUGUGUUUUCAAAACUUAAUCCAUGUUGAUAAAAACUUUUCAUUUGUUCUAUAAUAAAUAAAACUUACAUUUUGUAACCUGUUAAAAUGCAAUGCAAAGUUAAACAUGAUGACAGUUGUUAAUAGUGUACCUGUAGUUAACAAAUUAUAUCUGCAAUGUCCACGGAUAAAUAUCUGCAUUAAAGAAUCCAUAAUUACUGCUACAAUUAAAAAUGUAUCAAUAUUAGAUUUGCUGAGGUACUUGUAGGGAUAACACUUUAUUAAGUAGAAUGUAGUUUAUUUUAUAAUGACAUUGCCAUUGUUUUAUUAUGUUUGACUAUGUUAUGCUAUGUUUGAUUCUCAUAGUUUAUGUUCUUAUGCAAAUGUUCCUAUCCUUGGAAUUCUUAGUCUAUAAAAAAGAAUUUCAAUUAUGUAUUCUUAUUAUAUAUAUAUAUAUGUAUAUUAUAUAUUUUUUUCUUCAAUAUAAGAAACCAGUAAAUCUUAAGUUUUAUGUAGUAUGUCUUGUAGACAGAAUAUUUAAGUAUUUGAAAUUUUUCAAUAAUUGUUUAUGACUGAAAUUACCAGAAUUUUAAUAAAAUUGUGACUGAAAAC